CAACUCACCUGGAAUCUCCAACAAGACUCUCACAACAAAAUAGAGAAAAACACAGAUGGAAGCUUUACAACUAAAAUCCAGCAGAACAUCACUCUGUCAGUCACACAUGAUGGAAAGAAGAUCAGCUGCUCUGCCAGAUAUCCUGUGAACCAAGGAAACGACACCAAGACAGCAGAGACAGAAGAGACUCUCAGUGUUUCUUAUGCUCCUAAAGACACCUCAGCAUCCAUCAGUCCAUCAGGUUUGGUGUCAGCAGGCAGCUGGGUGAAGCUGACCUGCUCCAGCAGAGCCAAACCUCCAGUCAGCAGCUUCACCUGGUUCAAGAAGGGCAGAGAUGGAGCUGUGAAAGUAUCUGAAGGAGAGAUUUACAGCUUCAAUGUAACAGAUGGAGGAGUUUAUUACUGUGUGGCCACUAAUGAUCUGGGUAAUCAGACAUCAGCAGAGAGUCAUGUGACUGUUGGAGGUAAACCUGUAUUAUGGGGGGCUGCUGUUGGAGCGAUCAUUGGGAUCAUCAUUCUCAUCUGCAUGGUUUUCAUCCUUUGGUAUCUGCAGUCAAUACAUGUAGCUUCACAUCCGACACAGAGUGUGUCUCUUGAAGAAGCAGCCAGAACAGCAGAAAAUGAAGACGUCCAUUACAAUGAGAUCGAGUUCUCGAAGCAGAGGCCUUCUUUAGACUCAGUGCAGGACAGCACACAGCAGCAGGAUGUGGUGUAUUCACAGGUCAAAGAGUGCAAAACUGAAAAAAGAUUAACACAGACAAGUAAUCGAGAGUGCGUCUACUCUCAAGUGCAGAAAAAGUGA